GAUCAUAUAUAUCUCUUCAACUUCUCUCUGCUUAAUCUCUCUUAUUACUAAUCAGACCCUAAGUGUCAAAAUGUCUGCAUUAUCUAUUUUCUUCUUGAUAUUGUUUUGCUUUCUAUUUUCAUAUGGAGCAGCAACACAUAAGAUUAUCAGUUUACCGGAUCAGCCACCGGUAAACCUCAGCCAAUACUCCGGUUACAUCACUGUCGAUGUUAACCACCAGAGGAACCUAUUCUACUAUUUCGUAGAAGCGGAAGUUGACCCAUCAUCAAAACCAGUUAUACUCUGCUUACAUGGAGGGCCUGGGUGUUCUGCCGUGGGAGAAACUGCUUUCACCCAACACGGACCUUUCCUGGUCAAUCCCAAGGGUUUGGUCAAAAAUCCCUUCAGCUGGAAUAGAGAAGCAAACAUGAUAUACUUGGAUUCCCCAGUUGGUGUUGGUUUCUCUCAUUCGGCCAACACAUCUGAUUAUAUAUUUCUAAAUGAUGAAUUUGCAGUAGGGGAGUUACACUUGGAGUUUACACUGGGAGAUUCACUGGAGAAAGAAGGAAGAGAAGCAAAACACUCUGAGGUUUCCUUGGAACAAAACCUUGAGGAAAAAGAAAGAGAGAGAACAGAGAAGGACGGAUAGAAACUUUGGCAUAGGAACCCUGCCUACCCGGAGAAUUCAGAGUAAAGAAACCCUGAAGGCAGCCCAUCUGCACCGAAGCCAUCGCCGUCCAAUUCCCGCUGCCUAACUUAUUCCGAUACUACAAGGGGUCAAUCCCUUCAACCUUGAAUUGGCAAACAGAUUCCAGCAGAUUCAAACAGAUUGAAUAAUGGCUCUCGAACAAACUGUCAAAGAUCUCCAGGCCCAGAAUGCUCAAUUCCAGGAAAUGAUGCUGAGCUUAUCUAAGGGGCAGGAAGAACUGAAAACUCUUUUGAUGGAGAAGAAGAAGGACCAGAAACCUGUGGGUUACAUCAACCCGGGGAGAAGGCUUAAGGGACAGGUUACAGGAGUCAAGAUUAGAAUUCCGAAGGAUUCAGAAGAAGAGACCGAGAAUGAUUCGGAAGAUGAGAAUCCUAAUCUCGUCAAUUCUGAGGACGACGAUGAAGAUUAUGAACAUGAACAGUACUCUCCGAAGGAUGAUAAGUACAAGUUGCUGGAAGAACGUAUGCUAGCUAUGGAGGGGCAGAAAGUGCCCGGUCUGGAUUUCGAAAACUUGGGUCUGGUCUCUGAUGUGGUCAUUCCCCGCAAAUUCAAGGUUCCCAUUUUCACUAAGUAUGAUGGUGCCUCUUGUCCUCAGAUGCAUCUGAGAGCUUAUGUGAGAAAAAUUCAGCCGUAUACCACUGAUAGGAAACUAUGGAUUCAUUUCUUCCAAGAAAGUCUGUCUGGCACACAGUUAGAAUGGUACUAUCAGCUCGAGAGCUCUGACAUCCGCACCUGGACUGAUUUAGCGACAGCUUUCUACAAGCACUACCAGUAUAAUUCUGAAUUAGCGCCUACUCGGCUACAGUUGCAGAAUAUGAUUAUGGGAUCUAAAGAAAGCUUCAAAGAAUAUGCUCAAAAAUGGAGAGAUUUGGCUGGAAGAGUCAAACCGCCUAUGACUGAUCGAGAAUUAGUGGACAUGUUCAUGAGCACACUGACCGGCCCAUUCUACAGCCAUCUAUUGAGAAGCUCCUCAUCGGGUUUCAUUGAACUUAUAUUAACUGGUGAACAUGUUGAAAGCGGAAUUCGAAGUGGAAAGAUACAGGUGGCUACCUCUGAUCCUCCGGAGACUCCUGAUGUCAUCACUGCUCCUCCGCCGAAUCACGACGAGACUGUCAAUGCUGUGGAAGAUACUGAUAACGAUUAUGACUUGGAUAACUGGAUUUUCCCAUCAAUUGGUGACGGACUCAAUAAUUGGAAGGCUGAAGACACUAUCCCGAUUUCCUUUAGUCAGGAGUAAUUGUUAUUGCUAUUUUAGUGUUUUAAAGCAUUAUGUCUAUACCCGGGGCACAAUAGCUAAUUUUUCAAGGGUUUUGUCAUUUUCAUAAGCAUAUUCAUAUUCAAUAAAUCAAUGGACUUUUUGCAUUCAAAUAUUGCGCUCUUUAUCUUUCCUGUCAUCUUCUAAACAAAGCUAUGUUUCUUGCACACACUCACAUAACAAUUUGCCGAUCCAUAUCCACUCUGGAU